AGUACAGUCAGCAAGAGACAGAGAUGGUGGAGCUUCAAGGGGCGUGGAAGGUCUUUCGUUAUAAAAUAGGUCCUAAAAAAGCAAAGAUAUUAUAAGGAAGACAGCUGUCUUGGACUGGACUACGGAAAUUUACUGCAAACAUCAAGAACAGGACUUUAGAAAGUGUCAAGCUAAAUCCAUCAAUGGCCAGCCAUAAUGCCCUACUGAGUGGUAUAGAUUUGCAGUGUUAUGAGAAUAACCAUGCUCACCGCACUGAGGAGAUGGAUGUGGAGCGUCUGGUGGUGCGCAGAGGUCAGCCUUUCUCUGUAGUACUGCAGUGUACUGAGCACAUCCCACAGCACAGAGACCAGCAGCUCAACCUCAUACUACACCUGGGAAAGAAAAAUGAGGUGGUCUUGAGGGUGUCAGACUCAGAGCAAGCUCAUGGGAAAUGGUGGUUUAGUCAUCGUGAUGCUCAGGGUGAGGUGAUGCUGACUCUCCACAGCCCUGCUGAUGCUCUUGUGGGUCUGUACAGCAUGACUGUGGUUCUGCUCUCAGCUGAUGGGCAGAUCCUGGAGCAAACCAAGCCUCAGACCUUCUACCUGCUUUUCAAUCCCUGGUGCAAAGAUGACUCUGUGUACCUUCCAAGUGAGGAACUGCUGCAGGAGUACAUUUUAAAUGAAAGUGGGAUCUUGUACCAGGGCUCAUGGGAUGAUAUCACCACUGUGCCAUGGAACUUUGGACAGUUUGAAAAAGAUGUGGUGGAUAUUUGCUUUGAAGUGCUGGACAAUUCACCCACAGCCCUGAAAAAUUCAGAGAUGGACAUAGCUAACAGAGGAAGCCCUGUUUAUGUUAGCAGGACUAUUACUGCCAUGGUGAACGCUAACGAUGAUCGGGGGGUGGUAUCUGGGCGCUGGGAUGGGAAGUACAGUGAUGGGGUGGCACCCACACGCUGGACUGGCAGUGUGCCCAUCCUGAGGCGCUGGAGUGAGAAAGGGGGACAGAGAGUGCGCUAUGGGCAGUGCUGGGUGUUCUCAGGAGUGGCCUGCACAGUCCUCCGCUGUCUUGGCAUUCCAACGAGAUGUAUCACAAAUUACUCAUCCGCUCAUGACACUGAUGCAAACAUUUCUGUGGAUUACCUUUUCAAUGAUCAGCUUGGAAGUGUGUCUGAAGGCAGCAAGGACUCCAUCUGGAACUACCACUGUUGGGUUGAAUCCUGGAUGAAACGCGAUGACCUCCCAGAAGGUUACGAUGGAUGGCAGGUGCUAGAUCCAACUCCUCAAGAAAAGAGUGAUGGAGUCUUCUGCUGUGGGCCUUGUCCAGUCCAUGCAGUCAAAGAGGGAGAGGUGGGGUUGAAGUACGACACCCCAUUUGUGUUUUCUGAGGUGAAUGCUGAUCUGAUCUUCUGGAUUGUUCAUCCAGAUGGCCAACGAAUUCAAGUGUCCCAAAACAGUAAAGUUAUAGGGCGGAACAUAAGCACUAAGAGCGUGUAUGGAGAUUUUAGAGAGGACAUUACUGCUAACUACAAAUAUCCUGAAGGAUCAAUGAAGGAGCGAGAGGUUUAUAAAAAGGCAGGAAGACAAGUGGGCCAAAAGAACAAAGGCCCAGGGCAGCUUGAGCUUUUCAUCAAGCACGCCCCAGCUAUCCAUGGGACAGACUUUGACGUGAUCAUAGAGGUGUAUAAUGCUGGUAGGGAGGACACAGAUGCACAGCUCACAGUCACAUCGAAUGCAAUAACCUACAAUAGUAUCCACCGCGCAGAGUGCCAGAGAAAGACAACCUCUCUCACAGUGCCAGCUCAUAAAGCCCAUAAAGAAGUAUUGCGACUUCAGUAUGACCAUUAUGGGGCAUGUGUGUCUGAACAUCACAUGAUAAGAGUCACAGCCCUCCUCCAACCCACUGAUCAAGACAACAUCAUUCUACAAGAAAUCAACAUCCCCUUGAAAAUGCCAGUGCUUUUUAUCAAGAUUAUUGGGAAAGCGAUUGUAUCACGUAAACUAACAGCACAAAUCUCCUUCAACAAUCCCUUACCUGUUAGUCUUCAAGGAGGCAUGUUUACUGUGGAGGGAGCAGGACUGACAGAGGCGAAAGAAAUAAAAACACAUGGUAAGAUUGAACCUGGUCAGGCUGUGACCGUUAAAUUCUCCUUCAAGCCUACCCGUGCUGGCCUGAGGAAACUGCUUGUCGACUUUGACUCGGACAGACUGAGAGAUGUAAAAGGAGAAACUACUAUCAUUGUUCAGACAAAAAUGUGAAAUAGGGCACUGUCCAAGAAAUCUAGACAAUUCAGAGAGCCAUACAUCAUUAAGUGUGUUGUAAAUGAUACAGCUUAUGAUAUAUACAUGACUUGAUGAAAGCUGUUUUGCUUGUUACUUAUUUUGUUUGAAUUUUUUUCAUACCAAGAGUUUGUAAAAUGUCCUUAAUGAUUACUUUGAUAUGAUAUCUUUGCAUGCUCUCAUGCAGACCUUGAAUAUAAGUACCUUAAAAGCUGUUUUUCUACAUGUACAAUGCCCAAUCAUGUGAAUACACCCUAGCUUUUAAUACAUAAAUGCUUUUAUCUAAUGACAAUUUGGAAAUCAGUGUUUAUUGAUACUUUAAGUAUAAUGCUGCUGUUGUGUUUGAUAUAAAUGUUUUUUUUAAAAAUAAUAACAGAAAGUAAAUGUGACUGCAAAAUAUAUUUUCUAUAUUUGUUGUUUAUCACUCCAUUUCCUAUAAACAGCAAUAUCACAGACAGUAGAAAUAAAAUGUCAGUGAAAUGUUAUAUCAGGUUUAGCUAGAUAGUAUGCUUGCACACUUGACAUUGCAUUUGUACCAUUUAACAAUUGGAAAUGGAGACUUUAGAAGUAAAGACAAAGUCCCUUUGGGUAUUCUAUAGUCUUUGGUAAAGGUAACUUAUUAGAUAACAGGGAUAGCUAAAGAGUAACCUUAACAAGCGAGUAAGUGACAUUUAUUACAGGUAAAUUUCUGAGUAAAUAGUAGUGCCAUUACUGUCAUGUGAAUGAUCAACUCUCUGUUUUCUGUAAAUCAAUUUUCUAAUUGUGCUUAACCUUAUGGAAAUAGAACGUGGGGUUUGUGCAUAAACAAGAUUUUUGUUAUUUUUACUGUUACUUUUAUAGCCAAAUACACAAAAUUGAAAGUACUCUGUUUUAACUUAUUGUUUUACUUUUAUUAUUUAAUGCAUUGUUUUAGUUUCAAUGUUUGUCUUGCUUUUGUAUUGUGCAAAAUCUUCUACCCUUCCUCCAUCACACUGCAUCAUAAUAUUCUAAAAUCUAUUUGGACUGUUACUAUUAUAACUAUUAAUAAUAAUGAUGAUGAUGAUGAAGGAAGUUAUACUUUUAGAGUAACGCACAACGAUUUCCGUAAACAUAUAAAAUAUGGCAUUAUUUAUAGCAAUGGCGUUGCAGGAAGAAGAGCUUCUUAUAAACUGAGAGAGAGAGAAUAAAAAACAUUAAAAGAGAUUGUAAAUCACGUUUGUAACACAAAACAAAGAUAAUAAAAUAAUAAUAAUAAUA